UGAACCCUCUGCGAACCGGAUACGUCCUCUCCGACACCACUAUGAGAGCGGAUAAUUAGACCCCGCAGAAGUUGGCACCAAUUUGCGGUUGUUGAAGUUCAGCUUCCACGCGACCAGCGGCCGCCCCGAGAAGAUGCUUACGUCGAAAAUCAGUAAAGUGAGCAAGGUGGUAAUAUGCGGUGGAAAAGCGGUCGGUAAAACGGCCAUCCUGGAGCAACUCAUCUACGGCAACGUUUCCAUCGGUUCGGAACUGCACAGCACGAUUGAGGACACGUACGUGGCUAGUAUCGACACCGGAAAGGGGAGCAGAGACAUGCUGCGCAUCUACGAUACGGCGGGGCUGCAGGGCAAUGUGCAGCUUCCGCGCCACUAUCUGCUGUAUCCGGACGCCUUCAUACUCGUGUACGAUCCGAGCGAUCCCGCCAGCCUAGACAUGCUGGCCGGGAUCAAAAGUGAUAUCGAUAAGUACAAGGAAAAGAAAGAGAUGAUUAUUAUUGUGAUAGCAAACAUGCACUCGCGCCAGCCACGUUCGGCCGGGACCUCGCCGAGCAGCAGCUCUCCCGGUGGUUUCGGGCCCGCGUCCAACGGGAAUCUUCACAGCAACGGUAGCCACCAAAUCAGCAACCAAACCGAUCUUACCGAAUCGAACCUCAACCGGGCCAACAACUGGUGCGCUCGGGAACGCAUCAAACACUACAUGGUCAACGCGAUGGAGCGGGCCUCCCUUUACGAACCGUUCGUUCAGCUCGCCAUCCGCUUGUAUCCCACCCAGACGAAGAGUUCUUUCCGGCAGCUGACGCAGAAAGCCUCCAAGGUGGACAACAGCUAGUGGCCCGGUCGGCUGUCGGAGCAUAGUGAAACCAAAAAACAACCAACCAAGAAGAAUCACGAACGCGAAGUACGAGCGUUUGGGAGGUGUUCUCACUGGCCUCUGGCACACACUAUCCAGCAUUUGUGAGCUUUUCCUCAUAGUAUUUAACGUAUGUUAGAGACAGUAUUCGGUAGCGACCUUACCCGGGGGUGCAAUGUAUUGUGCUUAAUUGUUUAUUUUUAUUGUUUUACCCCAAACGAAACGGCUCAGCCCCUUAGUGGCAACGUAUUUUAGUUCUUGUCUGUGACAACCCUUCGUUCGUAGCACCAUUGGUACUUAAAUUGCAAUUUUCCUGAGCGAACUCUC